AUGGCGACCAAACCAGUUGCGAAUGUGAAGCCAAACGUGCACCGUGCGUGGUGGAAGGAAUGUACCGUCUAUCAGGUGUACCCGGCUUCGUUCAAGGACUCCAAUAACGAUGGCAUUGGCGACAUCCCCGGAAUCAUUUCUGAAUUGGACUACAUAAAAAAGCUGGGAGUUGACAUUGUGUGGCUUUGUCCAGCGUACAAGUCACCUCAGGUGGAUAUGGGCUACGACAUAGCGGAUUACUACAGUAUCGCCCCCGAAUACGGCACUGUUGAGGAUGUUGAACGCCUAAUCGAAGGCUGCCAUGAGAGGGGGAUGAAGCAGCUCAUGGAUCUUGUCGUGAAUCAUACUAGUGACCAACAUGAGUGGUUCAAGCAGUCACGGAGCUCGAAGGUUAACCCGUAUCGAAACUGGUAUAUCUGGAAGCCGCCGAAGUAUGAUGAACAGGGCAACCGCCAUCCCCCUAAUAACUGGAUCUCGCAUUUCCAAGGCAGUGCCUGGGAGUACGACGAGCACACGGGGGAGUAUUAUCUGCACCUGUAUGCCAAAGAGCAACCCGACCUCAACUGGGAGCACGAGCCAGUCCGGAAGGCCGUCCACGACAUCAUGCGCUUCUGGCUCGAUAAAGGCGCGGAUGGUUUCCGAAUGGACGUCAUCAAUUUCAUCAGUAAAGACCAGCGCUUUCUCGAUGCCCCGACGAAGGACCCUAGCCAGAGGUGGCAAUGGGCAGACUUGUAUUACGCCAAUGGUCCUCGUCUUCACGAGUAUCUGCAAGAUCUGGGCAAGAUCCUCAAAGAGUAUGACGCCUUCAGCGUUGGUGAGAUGCCCUUUGUGAGGGACCUUAAUGAGGUUUUGCGGGCUGUACGUUACGAUCGAAACGAAAUCAACAUGAUCUUCCAUUUCGAGCAUGUCGACAUUGAUCACGGAGAGUUUGACAAAUUCGUCCCCGGGAAAUGGAAACUCACCGACCUAAAGGGAAUGCUCGAGUCAUGGCAGAGGUUCAUGUAUGACAACGAUGGAUGGAAUGCCCUGUACUGGGAAAACCAUGACCAGCCGCGAUCAAUUGACAGAUACACCAAUGCCGGGCCUGAGCAUGGAGCUGUCGCGGGGAAGAUGCUUGCCAGUACUCUGGCCUUGAUGAGUGGAACUCCCUUCAUCUAUCAAGGUCAGGAACUUGGGAUGCGCAAUGUGCCCAAGGAGUGGGGAAUGGAAGAGUACAAGGACAUUGACUGUCUCAAUCACUGGAACGACCAUCUGGUCAAGGAUGCAAACAAUCCAGCCUUACUUCAGAUGUACCGUGAAGAGUACCAAAAGAAGUCCCGAGACAAUGCGCGCACACCAGUUCAGUGGUCGUCUGCUCCAAACGCUGGAUUUACGGGUCCUAAUGUAAAGCCGUGGAUGUCCGUUAACCCGAAUUACAUCACAGUCAAUGCAGAAGCUGAAGUUGCUGAUCCAACAUCGGUAUUCAACUACUGGGCGUCCGUGCUCAAGUUGCGCAAGAAGUAUCUAGACAUCUUCGUCUACGGGAAUUUCUGCUCGAUUGACCGCGACAGCGAAGAGGUCUUUGCCUACACACGUCAAUAUGCCGAUCAAAAGGCAUUGGUGGUCUGUAACUUCACAGACAGCAGCUUACAGUGGGAUCCAGUGGCCAACGGAAUUGAUCGCGUAACGGAUGUUCUUCUCAAUAACUAUGAGAACACAGAGACUGCUUUUACCAAGGUUGCUGGAAAGCAGUGGAUCCUACGACCCUACGAAGCGAUGUCCGAUACGAAGAUACUUCCCAACCUCAAAGAAGCCGCGUCGUCUCCCACCACGAAAUCACAACGACGCAAUAAUCCCGACCUAGAAUCCCCAGAGAUGAUCCCAAGAAUGGACUCAACAGCAACCGAAGCAACAACAACAACCACCACCACCCCUUAUCAACCCAUCGACUCCUCCAUCUCCUCCUCCAUAACAUCUACAAUAACAACCGAACCCAUCCCACCACACCUCGACCCCUCCACCUACCCACGCAGCAUCCACCUCCCCAACGACAACAUCCAUCUCCUCCUCACUUACUCCCCUCUCGACCCUUCCGCCAUUCUCUCCGAAGUCAACUCCCCCUCCGCAGGCGCAAAUGUUCUCUUCCUCGGCACAACCCGCGACACAUUCGAAGACCGCGCCGUCGCGCAACUCAGCUAUACAUCCUACGCUCCCCUCGCACUGCGCACCCUGGCUACGAUCGCUGAGGACGCUGUGUCCAAGUAUAAAUUGACGGGGAUAAGCAUCGCGCAUAGAUUGGGGGUGGUUCCGAUUCAGGAGGCGUCGAUUGCGAUUGCGGUUAGUUCUGGGCAUAGACGCGCAGCGUGGAGGGCUGGGGAGGAGGUGUUGGAGCUGUGUAAGGAGAAAGUGGAGAUUUGGAAACAAGAGGAGUUUGUUGAGGGGGAUGCGGAGUGGAGGGCGAAUAGGGAUCGGGAUGCGGAUGGGAAAUUGGUCGUGAGGGAUGUGUCGACUUUUUCGGAUGGGGUAUAG